ACACAAUGAAAUUAAUCAUACCAAUAGCUGUAUAGAAAAGUAGAAACGAACUCCCAUAAGACCACCACUUGCACAAUAAAAAACCAAAAGCGCUGUCGUUUGGUCGUCUUUUUCUUAACAGGAAAGGAGCCACGAUCAUCGGCAUCCCAGUUUAUUUUAAAGAGAAUUAAUUUUGGAAGAAGAAAUUAAAAGAUGAGUGAAGUUUUCGAAGGAUAUGAACGGCAGUAUUGCGAGCUAUCGGCGAAUCUUUCCAAGAAGUGUACGGCUGCCGUUGCUCUUGUCGGAGAACAGAAGAAACAAAAACUUUCUGAUAUACGAGCUGGAUUGGAAGAUGCAGAAUCUCUGAUUCGAAAAAUGGACCUUGAGGCAAGAAGUUUGCAGCCAAGUGUUAAGGCCAUGCUUCUUGCUAAGUUAAGGGAAUAUAAAUCAGAUCUUAACAAUCUGAAAAGUGAAGUUAAAAGAAUUGCAUCUGGCAAUUUAAAUCCAGGUGCUAGAGAUGAGUUGCUAGAGUCUGGAAUGGCUGAUGCUCUCACGGCAUCAGCUGAUCAAAGAUCAAGACUGAUGAUGACUACGGAGCGGUUGAAUCAGAGCAGUGACAGAAUUAAAGACAGCAGAAGGACCAUGCUGGAAACAGAAGAGCUUGGUGUUUCAAUUCUUCAGGAUUUACAUUCACAGCGACAGUCUCUCUUACAUGCCAAUAACACGCUGCAUGGUGUAGAUGACAAUAUUGGCAAGAGUAAGCGAAUUUUGACAGCUAUGUCAAGGAGGAUGAGCAGGAACAAAUGGAUUAUUGGCAUCAUUAUCGCAGUCCUUAUCGUUUCUGUAGCCCUUGUUUUGUACUUCAAACUUGCUAAAUAGUCAGUAGUCACCAUUUGUAUCUUCCACUCUUGGUUUUGUCUGGGUUUGUGGGUGUUUCUAAGAGACAUAAUUUUAUUUUGUCCUUGCGAGCUUUGCCCAUUUUGAGUGCCAAUAUAUAUAUGUAUGCUUCAUUAAUGCUAAGACUUUGUAUUAUUCAUCAUUUCAAUUCUAUGUGGCGACUU